CCGCUCCUGCCUCCGCGCAUGAAUUCACCGCGCCGCCGACUCUCCCCUCUACUCCACCGUAGAGGACCGCGGUGUUGGUCCCGGCCCACCGCAGCCGCCCGGCAGCUGUGCCCUCUGCUCCCGCUGCCAGUCCCCCGUCAUGACCCCCCCUUCCUGCCAUUCUGCCGAUAUUCGCUGAAUGGGGUUCGUGGCCGGCUCGAGGCUUCCACCGCAACUGGCCAUCCGCUUCCAUUAUUUCUCUAAUGAGGACAGCCAUCGGGAUUUAACUCCGUUCUCCUCUGCGCGUAUUUGAUUAUUAUUAUCUUUUGUAUAGGGGAGGGGAGAGAGGCUGCAUCUUCAGACGCGUCAAAGAUUUUAUGAGACUCGGUCAACAGAGAGAGAGAGAGAGAGGGAGACAGGCCGGCGAUCAACGUACUGCGGAAAAUGAAGUGCUUUUGAACUCAAUCAUUGUUCCGAGGUCUGCAUAUGGGGGCGGGCAAGAGCAAGCCCAAGGAGCCGGGCCAGCGCUCCAUGAGCCUGGACGGCACCAUCGGCACAGGCUCCGACAGCGGGCACUUCCACCACCUGGGACCGGCCCAGCAGACUCAAACGCCCAACAGGAGCCCUGCCGUCGGGACGGGCAGGCGUGGGCACCAAGGGCAGCACCAGCUCGCCCCGACAAACACUCCUGAGCUGGCUCUGUUCGGAGGGGUGGACCACACAGGCACCAUCACCUCGCCCCAUAGAGGAGGUGUCACUACAUUUGUGGCGCUGUAUGACUAUGAGUCACGGACCGCGUCCGACCUGACCUUUAGGAAAGGGGACAGGCUGCAGAUCGUCAACAACACAGAAGGGGACUGGUGGCUCGCCCGCUCCCUGACGACAGGAGAGAGCGGUUACAUCCCCAGUAACUAUGUGGCUCCGUCCGACUCCAUCCAAGCAGAAGAGUGGUACUUUGGGAAGAUCACUCGGCGCGACUCCGAGAGGCUCCUGUUGAACUUGCAGAACAGACGAGGAACCUUCUUGGUGAGGGAAAGCGAGACCACUAAAGGGGCAUACUGCCUGUCAGUGCUGGAUUAUGACAACACCAAAGGCCUGAAUGUUAAACAUUACAAGAUCAGGAAGCUGGAUAGCGGAGGUUUCUACAUCACCUCCCGCACCCAGUUCAGCAGCCUUCAGCAGCUCGUCUUCCACUACCGCAGUGAGUCCUCGCAUCCUCUCUCUGACGGUAAACCUUUCACAACACCGUUUGCCCAUGAACUGCCCCGCUCACUCUCCCUUCUCUUCCCUCGUUCAGAGCACUCCGAUGGGCUGUGCCACGCUCUAUCGGACGUGUGUCCUGUGGCCAAACCUCAGACUCAGGGACUGGCCAGGGACGCCUGGGAGAUCCCCCGAGAGUCCCUCCGCCUCGACCUUAAACUGGGACAGGGCUGCUUUGGAGAGGUCUGGAUGGGCACAUGGAACGGUACAACACGGGUAGCCAUUAAGACCCUGAAGCCCGGCACCAUGUCUCCAGAGGCCUUUCUUCAGGAAGCACAGGUCAUGAAGAAGCUCAGGCACGAGAAGCUGGUCCAGCUGUACGCCGUUGUGUCUGAGGAGCCCAUCUACAUUGUGACAGAAUACAUGAGCCAAGGCAGCUUACUGGACUUCCUCAAAGGAGAAGCAGGAAAGAUGCUUCGUCUUCCUCAGCUAGUAGACAUGUCUGCUCAGAUCGCAGCAGGCAUGGCCUACGUGGAGAGGAUGAACUACGUCCACAGAGACCUGCGCGCUGCAAACAUCCUGGUGGGAGACAACCUGGUGUGUAAAGUAGCUGACUUUGGUCUGGCACGACUCAUCGAAGACAACGAGUACACUGCGAGACAGGGAGCUAAGUUCCCAAUCAAAUGGACGGCACCAGAGGCAGCUCUGUACGGUCGUUUCACCAUCAAGUCGGACGUCUGGUCCUUCGGUGUGCUGCUCACGGAGCUGGCGACUAAAGGCAGAGUCCCGUAUCCAGGUAUGGUGAACCGCGAGGUGCUGGACCAGGUGGAGCGCGGCUACCGGAUGCCCUGCCCCUCCGAGUGCCCCGGCUCUUUGCACGAGCUCAUGCUCUCCUGCUGGAGGAAGGACCCAGAAGAGAGGCCUACGUUUGAGUACCUGCAGGGCUUCCUAGAGGACUACUUCACCUCCACGGAACCCCAGUAUCAGCCCGGGGAGAACCUAUAG